GUUUAACAAACAGCUGUCACACCCAUCUACACACAUGCUGAAGGCUCAGUAAGUGUGAGAAGAUUUCAUUUCCUUGAACGCAGCACUGAGUGAGGUUCAGGAUGGCUCAGGUUUGCCGGACCGUGCUGACUCUGGAUGCUCCAAAUGCUCGGAACCUUAAGGAAGGAAUAAACUUCACCAAGAGUUCGGAUGGAAAAUGCUUCAUCAUCUAUAAACAUCAGGACACUAUCAAAGCUUGCAGAAACCAGUGCAAGCACCAGGGGGGCCGCUUCAUUAAAGACAUUGAGGACAUGGAUGGCAGGACAGUACGCUGCACUAAACACUACUGGAAGCUUAAUGUGGCCACCAUGCAGUAUGUGAAUCCUCCAGACAGCUUCCUGCAGGAUGAAUUGGAGGUGGUGCAGUCUGUAGAUGGAGGUCUGAAGCUGCUGGAGUUGGACCCUCCAGACCCCUGGGCCACUGAUCCCAGACCAGCAGAGGAACUGCAACCUGGAGAGAUUACGCUGACCUACAUAACUCAUGCAUGUAUGAAGCUGAAGGCAGGAAGUAAAAGCAUGAUGUUUGACCCCUGGCUGACUGGACCAGCAUUUGCCCGGGGCUGGUGGCUACUGCAUGAGCCUCCAAAAGGUGCCAUGGAGCAAUUGUGUCAAGCUGACCUCAUCUAUAUCAGCCACAUGCACUCAGACCACCUCAGUUUUCCAACUCUGCAGCUCCUUUCAGAGAAGCGACCUGACAUUCCUAUAUAUGUGGGAGACACCUCGCGGCCUGUAUUCUGGUAUCUGAACAGAAGUGGAGUAAAUCUCACCAACAUUAAUGUCGUCCCUUUUGGUGUCUGGCAGAACGUUGAUGAACACUUGCGGUUUAUGAUCCUGAUGGAUGGAGUUCACCCAGAGAUGGACACCUGCUUAAUAGUAGAAUAUAAAGGUCACAUGAUCUUGAACACUGUGGACUGCACGCGGCCGAAUAACGGCCGUCUCCCUCGGAAUGUGGACGUGAUGAUGAGUGACUUCGCUGGAGGAGCUUCUGGCUUCCCUAUGACCUUCCACAAAGGAAAAUACACUGAAUGCUGGAAGGCUGUUUAUAUCAAGGCUGAGAGGAAGAAGCUGCUAAAUUAUAAAGCCCAGCUGGUGGAUUCUCUUCAGCCCAAAGUUUACUGCCCAUUCGCUGGCUACUUCAUUGAAGCCCACCCAGCAGACAGGUACAUUAAAGACAUCAACAUUAAGAACAGCCCAGCGGACCUGAAUGCACUGAUAAAGGAACGUUGCCCCAAUAUAAUCACCUGGACACCACUGCCCGGAUCCACACUGGACCUUGCCAAAGCUCUAACACAUCACAAGGAUGCGAUCACAGAGCCCCCGAGUGGUACUCAGGUGUUUAAGGACAGCUGGGAUUUUGAUGUGUAUGUGGAUAAACUAAACACGGCCAUUUCAUCAGAAAUCUUUGAACACAAAAGCUGGAUCCAUUUUUAUUAUAACUGGGCAGGAUUUCAGAACUACAAUCUGGUGAUUCGGAUGAUUGAGACGGAUGAUGAUUUUCAGCCGCUGGAUGGUGGUUAUGAUUAUCUAGUAGACUUCCUGGAUCUUUCCUUUCCCUCCGCCAGACCGCAGAGAGAGCAUGCCUAUCUGGAGAUCCAGAACAGAGUGGGGGUGAUAAGGCAUGUGGUUUUGAAUGGCCUGCUGUGGGACGAUCUGUAUAUUGGCUUCAACAACAGAAUCAGCCGAGAUCCAGAUAUCUACCACCACAGGUUUUGGAAACACUUCCAGUCAGAGUUGCCACUGUCAGCACCGGACUGGGACAGCUUCCUCAGAAACUCUUCCACGCCAGAAGCACAAAAACACACCUCAUCCUCUGGGAUUUCCGUUCUGUGACCUCUUACUUUUGGCUGAACUUUUAUUCACUAUUACAAAGAGUGUUCCGCUACUUUUGGUAGAGUCAUUUGUAUUAGCACAAGUGCUGUUUAUACUUUACCCAGUCUGGUGGGAUGCAGGUGAUUCAGCUUGAUUCAUCUAAACCACUUAUAAGCAGUACUCAUUUUUCUACUAUCGAUCACUAUAGUAGAUCUGAACAUUAGACUGAUGUUUUUGGAACAGCCAUCAAACCACAGAAAACACUGAGAGAACAACUUUUACUAUACAAGCUCUCAUACAGCGAGAACAGUCCUUAAUUUACAUAAUUAAAGGGCCUAUAUCAAGCUAAGCAAAAGCAAGGCAGGUUUAUUUAUCUGUCACUCUUAAAAAAAGGUUCUUUAAGGGUUCUUAGUACCAUUGUGAAAAAGUUCCAUAUAGCACCAUAAAGGGUUCUUCCACUGUGUCAAACUUGUAACA